CUAUCUGCAAGCAAGCUGCAACAGGCAACAAUGCAAUUCCAUGCAUUAAUCAACACAACGCGGCCUCAUAUCCACCAAAAAAAAAAGAAAAAAGAAAAGGAAAGAAAGAUUUCGCUAGCUCAAUAUUGCGCAGAUAUGGCAUUCAAUGUUCUUACCACCAAUGCGGUCGAUCUUAAGCAACUGAUAGAAGAAAACAAAUUUACAAGUGUCCAAAUCGUGCAGGAAUAUUUUGCACAGAUUAAUCGCUACGAGUCUGCACUGAAUGCAUUGAUCUCGCCCGCCCCGCGGGACAAUGUUCUCGCAAUUGCCUCGGCGCUAGACCAGGAGCGUCAAAAUGGUAAAGUUAGAAGCUCAUUUCACGGAAUCCCGAUUAUUCUGAAAGAUAGCUUUGUCACUGCAUGGAACCUUGGUAUGAGUACCACAGCUGGAUCGUGCGCAUUUGUCGGAUCUAAGGCUUCAAAUAAUGGAGCUAUUACUCAGCGGCUAAUUAACGCAGGAUUGAUUAUAUUGGGAAAGGCUAAUAUGACCGAGUUUGCGGGCAUGAAAAUGACUACGAUGAUGCCUGGUUGGUCUGCUCACGGUGGGCAGACGUUGUCGCCAUAUGUUGGAAGGCUCGAAGUGAAUGAGAAACUACUCGGUCAUUCGGCUCCUGGGGGCUCGUCUACUGGUUCUGCGGUAGCCGUGGCUGCUGGUUUUAGUCCACUUGCCAUGGGCACAGAGACAGUGGGUUCCAUCGUGACUCCUUCGACACGCGCAGGCCUAUAUGCACUCAAGCCUACCAUUGGGAUUCAAGAUACUACUGGGCUAUACACCAUGACAGAUUUCUUCGAUAGCUCAGGUCCUAUGGCUAAAUCUGCAGCUGAUGUGCGCAUGGUUGCCGAGAUUUUACUUGGUCGAUCAUUCGACUUUUCUCAACUAGGGCUAUGGGAAGGCCUCUCUGUAGGGUUUCUAGACCCAAGGGUAUGGAACAUGUCAUCAGACUUCUGUACACAAUUUGCAGGAACAGCAGAACAAAUGGUUGAGGAUUACGAAGAGACAGUUUUUACUCUACAAAACCAUGGCUGCCCUGUGAGGUAUCCGGUAGAUUUGAAAGAUGUUUCAGCCCUGCCGGUUACCAUUCUUCCAAUUGCUUAUUGGGAUUUUAAGAAUGUUUGCAUCCCUAGAUUUAUCGACGCAUUCGACGAAUGUCCUGUAAGGAGCGUUGCAGACAUUGUCCGUUUCAACCAAAAAAAUAGCGAAAGAGCUCUUCCUGCUCCAUUUACGGAACAGAACGAUUUAGAAGGUGCAAUGAAUAGCAACGAAGAGAGAGAACGAAUCGAUGUUCUGAAAAAAGAGCUUCGUAAUACCGCGCAGAGGCUUCUUCAGGAAUCAUUUGACAGGGAGCGAAUUAAUAUCCUUGUAGCUCCUGGAGACUCCUCGGUGUGCGUUCAUGCUGCUGCUGCGGGAUAUCCCAUAGCCACUGUCCCAAUAGCCCAACUUCGCUACAAUAAUCGGCCAUUUGGGUUAUGUCUUGUAGCAAGGGCCAACGAAGAGGAGACUCUAUUGCGAUUUAUGAAUGCCUACGAGAAGAUUGCUAAACCUCGACCGGUACCGAAAUUUCAUUUUCUAACGAGUGAGAGUAUUUGAGGCAUUUGAACUCAGUGAAACUGAGAUCCACAAAGGAUAAAACUUAUAGAUUAAUGAUAGCCAAGUACAUAACCUGUGAGCAAAAUUAUAC